CAGCAGCAGCAUCUGCAGCAGCAGCAGCCGCCGCAGCAGCAGCGGCAACAGCGCACAUCCCCCGAAGGUUUUUGCGUCCAACCAGAAAAUCCAACUUCAGUCGAGAACUACGUCUGGUGGCUGCGCAAAGGCGGAAUUUCGAUUGCGGGUCCUCGCUUAAUUAACCAAAUCAAACCGAUCCGAACCGAACCGAACCAAAACCGUACCGAAACCGCUCCGUUCCGUUCCGUUCCGCACCAAAACGAUCGUGGAUCCGAUCUGCAAGCUUAUUCAAAUACAAUUAAGUCAAGUUUAUUGUCCUUCAGCCGGAGAGUGUGCAGUGUAUAUAGCGGCGGAUACGUAACUCUAACUCAAGCACCCACAGUUGCCUUAACCAGUGCCAAAUAUCGAUUUUCAAUAAAUACUUACUUAGUGAUCGUACCUGUUUUGCAUCCCAACUGGCCCAAGUGUUCAAAAGAAAACCUAUGCUAUCCAACUAGUUGAUAUUGCCGUCUAACUUGGAUCAACAUGCACAUUCUACACCGCACCAACGACCAUCAGUUCGAGGAUCAGAAGUUCAUGAUGGAACGCCUCAGUGGACAUGGGAGUCUAGGGCUGUCCAGUGGCAGUGCGGCGUACACAACGCAUUCCGGCGGGCACACGGGACGCAGCGGACCGGCCACGGGACACAGUGGGCACAGCAGCACCCAUGGAUCGGCGGCCACCAUGCACCACCAGUCGCUGCAGUCCGACUUCCAGCCGCCGUACUUCCCGCCCCCCUUCCACCACUCCACCCAGAGUCCCCCCCAGCAACAGAACCAUGGAGCCCUCGAGUACUUGGGCACGGAUCCGUAUGGCCAGCCCCUGUCCUCGCUUCACCACGCCCCACUGCACCACUACAACCAGCUGGCGGGACUGCGGUCCACGCAGGACCAACUGGGGAUCCACAGGACCCACAGAGAGGCUGAGCUGCAGGGACAUGUAACCCAACUCUCACAUGGAUUUCCGUACACGGAUAGGAGGAGCGAUUACGGCAGUGCAAUAUCGGCGGGAACUGCCCACGGAACGAGACUUGGUCACGAGCACGAGUCCCUGGCGCUGCACCAAGCCCUUCAAAACGCCGUCGAUGAUGUCCAAGCUCCUGCCCUCGACGACAAUGUGGCGUUCAUGUCAGACUUGCCGCUCAUAAAGAGCAUGAAAAGCGGAAAAGAAGCCGGGAACAUUGGAUCGGGUUCGCCCAGCGAGGUAUUCUGUGCAGUUCCCGGUCGCCUCAGUCUCCUAUCGAGCACCUCGAAAUACAAGGUCACCAUCGCCGAAGUACAGCGUCGCCUCUCGCCCCCCGAGUGCUUGAACGCCUCCCUGCUGGGCGGAGUGCUCCGAAGGGCCAAGAGCAAGAACGGAGGGCGCCUGCUGAGGGAGAAGCUGGAGAAGAUCGGUCUGAACUUACCGGCCGGCAGACGGAAAGCGGCCAACGUGACACUACUGACAUCCUUAGUGGAGGGGGAGGCAACGCACCUGGCCAAGGACUUUCACUUUGUGUGCGAAACCGAGUUCCCUGCCAGGCAGCUGGCGGAGUACAUCGUGCGCCACCAAACGGAGCCGCAGGACUCGUACCGACGAAAAGAGCUUAUUCUCCACUCCCAGCAGAUUACUAAAGAGCUUAUGCAAAUCUUAAGCCAAGAUCGAACGACUCACUUCGGCACGAGAUCACAGCAUUUGCUGGAACCAUCGAUGCAGCGCCACUUGACACACUUCUCCCUGAUAACGCACGGAUUCGGCUCGCCCGCAAUUAUGGCUGUUCUGCACGCUUUUCAGACAUUUCUAAACGAGUCAUUAAACUACUUGGAAAAGCUGUACCCUUCGAACGGAGGAGGGAUGGUGUCGUCAUCGUUGGAUAAAAGUAAAAUUGACAACGAAAAAAAAUGAUAGGCUAUGUUGUAUAUUGCCACAGAUUGAAGCAAGCCGUACUUUAAGAUUAAUUUUCCAUACACUAGGUACAACAUCAAUAAAAAUUAUAAAAUUCCUGUAAAUUAAUUUAUUUAGUUAAGUGUAAAUUAUUGGACAUUUUGUAUAUCUAUAACUGUAAUUUGAAUGUACAAUAUUCAAAUAUAUUAAAUACGUAUAAUUUAUUUAACUUAGAAAAAUACAUCGACUUUUUGUCAAAAGCACAAAGCUUUUUACAACUAAUUCCAACAAAAUCCUUACAAAUACACUUAUUUGUAUGUAGAAACGAUUGAAAUGCUCUCAUUUUUAAUUUUUUAAGUAACUUACAAUUUAAAGAUUUUAAAAUUAUACAAAUGAAUAAAAUGUGUUUUUAAAAC